AUGUUUGUCGUGGGCUUGAGUGUGCGAGUACAAGAAUAUGAAAGGAAGAUCGAGCAAGAUGGAAACAAAAUAUAUAAAACUAAAACAAAAUCUUCCAAGAGGAAAACAAAGAUUCAGCAACUCGAAACAAGGAAUAAAAAUUCAAAUCCACGUCGUGGUCGUAAUAAGGUCAUUCGUGGGGAUGAUUGGUGCAGGCAUCACCCACGUGGCAAAAUCCAAUCUCGUAAGGCAAAGCGCAUCUUCGCACGAGUAUCUUCCAUCGUCCGAAUGAAACAUCCCGUCCCUCAAAGAGUAGAAAAAGGCAUUGCCGCCGUAAAAUUUGGGCAACCGGAUCGUGUUAGCCGUGGCUUCCACUCUCACCUUGCGCUCGUCUCCGAAGGCAAACGCCCCGAAAAGCUCGUCGAGCCCCUUCACCUUGAACAAGUAGUGCUCUCUUAUAUAACCCUUUCGGACACGCCCCCAUCGAAAGCACUUGUAACUCACGUCGAGACGUCGUUUGGACAUGUCGAACCUCGCGACAUUUCCUUUCAUAUCCAAGAAGAAGACGAGCCCUCGGUGGAGAAUCGGGGCCCCACGCGACAACAAGAAACUUGA